UUGGCAGAAUCAUAAGUUGUUCCACCAUGAAGGUUCUAAUUGUUUGUGUCGCUUUAACCGCACUGGUAAGUGCAAGUGCAUUUGACUUGUAUCCCUUGAUUCGUCCACAAUUCGCUAGUAGCGAUAUUAUUUCGGGCGAAACAGCACAGCCAGGUGAAGCUCCGUUUAUUGUUUCCCUAAAGACUUCAUCUCACUUUUGCGCUGGAAGUAUCAUUGACGAACACUGGGUUUUAACAGCCGCUCAUUGCCUCGUCUACAAUAAUUUCAAAGUUGUAGCUGGUUUACACAAGAGAAACGACGAAUCUCAAGUUCAAAUUCGUUCAGUUUCACUCAAGAACAACACUAUCCAGCAUAAACUCUACAAUGGCGGAGUCGGACCCAACGAUAUUGGCCUAAUUUACGUUGACAUUCCAUUCGAUUUGACCGAACUCAACCGUGCUUCAGGUGAAGCUCUUGUCGGCAAAGUAUCCCUUCCAUCACGCCAGUUCAGUCAACUUGGAGAUGGAGUUUUGUUCGGAUGGGGUCUGGACAACACAAACAAGGUGCCAAACACUCUCCAAAAACUUGACACCGAUAUCAUUGGAUACGCACGCUGCAAGACUCUUCUUCCAUCAAGUGCACCCCUUGACCCAGUUAACAUCUGCUCAUACAACGGAGGAACAAUUGCAUCGGCUUGCAAUGGCGAUUCUGGCGGUCCGUUGGUGAAAUACAACGGUAAUGGCGUGGAAAUAAUUGGAAUCGUUUCAUGGGGUUAUACACCAUGCACCACUACCACAUACCCAUCGGUAUAUACCCACACAGAUGCUUUCUUAUCCUGGAUUGCUCAGCAACAAAAGGACUUUGUUCCUGCCAGUAACAAGUAACUGUACACACAGCAUAAAGAUUUUAUUACAAUAAAAUGAAGAUUUUGUAAUAAACGCAA